GCGUGCUCGCUCCCCACGGCGGCCAUUGCCUCGGCCGCCAUGAUGAGCUCUCGGGCUCUAAGCGCUCGGCGGCAGCGCCACCUUCCUGCCUUGCCUCCCGCAGCCCCGUGACUGGCUGCUGCUUCCGUUGCGUUUUAGCUGAGCUGCCGCAGGCGGCCACCGCCGGCGCCCGGGCGCCAGAGCCCUCUCGCCCCUCAGCGCCCCGGGGCCCGCGCUUUUUUCUUGCGCUUGCCGCGCCCCGAGGGCCAUCGGGGGCCGGUGGCAGCCCAGACACUUAGGCUCCCCGAGGCGGAAGGGACCCUGGGAAUUUUUAAUUUUGGUUUAAAUCAGUUAAGUGGCUUUCAGGAUGCCCUCUGUGCGGUUGUUUGCCUGCCAUCCUUGCCUUCUCGAGUGUCGGAAUAAAUAAAAGUGGGUGGGAAAGUUCCCACCACUCUCCUGUCCAAUAGGGGGAAAGUAUGUUGCACAGAACGAAAGCGGAAGAGUAAGGUUCGGAGGGAGUCAUUUGUAGUCACUUGGGUGGAAACAACUUUCUUGAAAAGCUGCGUUGACGCUGUUAGCGUAGCUGGCUCUGAGGAAUAAGAAGAGGACAGUUUUAAUUUUCUUACUGAGGAAAAAACGUGGUGAGGAACUGUGACUGAUGAGAAUUAAAGGCCAUGGAUGAAGAUGGACUUGAAUUACAACCACAAGAGCCAAACUCAUUUUUUGACGCAACAGGAGCUGAUGCUGCACACAUGGAUGGUGAUCAAAUUGUUGUGGAAGUUCAAGAAACUGUUUUUGUUUCAGAUGUUGUGGAUUCAGACAUAACUGUGCAUAACUUUGUUCCCGAUGACCCAGACUCAGUUGUAAUCCAAGAUGUUAUUGAGGACGUUGUUAUAGAAGAUGUCCAAUGUCCAGAUAUCAUGGAAGAAGCAGAUGUAUCUGAAACAGUCAUCAUUCCUGAGCAAGUGCUGGACUCAGAUGUAACUGAAGAAGUAUCUUUAGCACAUUGCACAGUCCCAGAUGAUGUUUUAGCUUCUGACAUUACUUCAGCCUCAAUGUCUAUGCCAGAACAUGUCUUGACAAGUGAAUCUAUACACGUGUCUGACGUUGGACAUGUUGAGCAUGUGGUUCAUGAUAGUGUAGUAGAAGCAGAAAUUGUCACUGAUCCUCUGACCACUGAUGUAGUUUCAGAAGAAGUUUUGGUAGCAGACUGUGCCUCUGAAGCAGUUAUAGAUGCCAACGGGAUCCCUGUGGACCAGCAAGAUGAUGACAAAAACAACUGUGAGGACUACCUUAUGAUUUCCUUGGAUGAUGCUGGCAAAAUAGAACAUGAUGGUUCCUCUGGAAUGAACAUGGACGCAGAGUCGGAAAUCGAUCCUUGUAAAGUGGACGGCACUUGCCCUGAAGUCAUCAAGGUGUACAUUUUUAAAGCUGAUCCUGGAGAGGAUGACUUAGGUGGAACUGUAGACAUUGUGGAGAGUGAGCCUGAGAAUGAUCAUGGAGUUGAACUACUUGAUCAGAACAGCAGUAUUCGCGUUCCCCGGGAAAAGAUGGUUUAUAUGACUGUCAACGACUCCCAGCAAGAAGAUGAAGAUUUAAAUGUCGCUGAAAUUGCUGAUGAGGUUUAUAUGGAAGUGAUAGUAGGAGAGGAGGACGCUGCAGCCGCAGCCGCAGCCGUGCACGAACAGCAAAUGGAUGACAGUGAAAUCAAAACCUUCAUGCCAAUCGCAUGGGCAGCGGCUUAUGGUAAUAAUUCUGAUGGAAUUGAAAACCGGAAUGGCACUGCAAGUGCCCUCUUGCACAUAGAUGAGUCUGCUGGCCUCGGCAGACUGGCUAAACAAAAACCAAAGAAAAGGAGAAGACCUGAUUCCAGGCAGUACCAAACAGCAAUAAUAAUUGGCCCUGAUGGACAUCCCUUGACUGUCUAUCCUUGCAUGAUUUGUGGGAAGAAGUUUAAGUCCAGAGGUUUCUUGAAAAGGCACAUGAAAAACCACCCUGAGCACCUUACCAAGAAGAAGUAUCGCUGCACUGACUGUGACUACACUACCAACAAGAAGAUAAGUUUACACAACCACCUGGAGAGCCACAAGCUGACCAGCAAGACGGAGAAAGCUAUCGAAUGCGAUGAGUGUGGGAAGCAUUUCUCUCAUGCUGGGGCUUUGUUUACUCACAAAAUGGUGCAUAAGGAAAAAGGAGCCAACAAAAUGCACAAGUGUAAAUUCUGUGAAUAUGAGACAGCUGAACAAGGGUUAUUGAAUCGCCACCUCUUGGCAGUCCACAGCAAGAACUUUCCUCAUAUUUGUGUGGAGUGUGGUAAAGGUUUCCGUCACCCAUCAGAGCUCAAAAAGCACAUGCGAAUCCAUACUGGCGAGAAGCCAUACCAGUGCCAGUACUGCGAAUAUAGGUCUGCAGACUCUUCUAAUUUGAAAACGCAUGUAAAGACUAAGCAUAGUAAAGAGAUGCCAUUCAAGUGUGACAUUUGUCUUCUGACUUUCUCAGAUACCAAAGAGGUGCAGCAACAUGCUCUUAUCCACCAAGAAAGCAAAACACACCAGUGUUUGCAUUGUGACCACAAGAGUUCGAACUCAAGUGAUUUGAAACGACACAUUAUUUCAGUUCACACAAAGGACUACCCCCACAAGUGUGACAUGUGUGAUAAAGGCUUUCACCGGCCUUCAGAACUCAAGAAACACGUGGCUGCCCACAAGGGUAAAAAAAUGCACCAGUGUAGACAUUGUGACUUUAAGAUUGCAGAUCCAUUUGUUCUAAGUCGCCAUAUUCUAUCAGUUCACACAAAGGAUCUUCCAUUUAGGUGUAAGAGAUGUAGAAAGGGAUUUAGACAACAGAAUGAGCUUAAAAAGCAUAUGAAGACACACAGUGGCAGGAAAGUGUAUCAGUGUGAGUACUGUGAGUAUAGCACUACAGACGCCUCAGGCUUUAAACGGCAUGUUAUUUCCAUUCAUACGAAGGACUAUCCUCACCGAUGUGAGUACUGCAAGAAAGGGUUCCGAAGACCUUCAGAAAAGAACCAGCACAUAAUGCGACAUCAUAAAGAAGUUGGCCUGCCCUAGCGAUACUUCUACAGAGAUACUGGCCUUGAAGCAGAAAGUUAAAUUUAAAGCCUAUUAGUGUCGUUCAUAUACAAUACUGUAUAUUGAUUUAUGCUGUGUACAAAUAGAAUUAUUGCUUCUAGUUGACUUUCUUUUUUACAUUUUGUUCAGUAGUGUGUUCUGAAUUCUAUUCAGUUUGUUUAAUAAAUGGGGAAAAACAGCAACAAACUAGUUGCUUUUAAUAAAGUAAUCCCUGAUUCUAUACUGAAUUUUUCUAUCUUAGAAGUUUUAUAUUUAUUUAAAUAUUUACCUUGCUUACCUUGAUGGUACUCUUCUAAGACCAUUUAACUUAAGGUAACUUUAGAUUGGUAACUCUGAAAGUUUUCAUGUUGAUUCAUUACCACCCUGUCCCCCCCCCCCCCCCCCAUGGAUUUCUCACAGUGAAGUUGUCAGAGACAUCUACUAAUAUAAAUGGGAGAUAUUACAGUCAGGUCUAACUCUCAUAACAUGGGAAUCCUUUACUUGUCUUAAGAUUUUCAGAUCAUACUACAAUGAAAGUUUCCAUUUGAGCUUUUGUGUCCCUGGCUUCGCUGAGUAAAGAACAGUGGCUGGGUUUGUGUUUACUUUUCAUUUUAUUUAGCAGACAAAAUAUAUUUUUGACUUUCUUUGGACUAUUUACAUCUUUUGUCAGUGUAGUAAGCUUUUAGAAAAACUUAUUGAAAAUUUGGCUUGAUCCUGUUGUAAUUUGAUUCUUCUGUCUGUGCUGCUUUGUCUUGGAAUGGUUGUGUGCUAUAAAUGAGACUUAAUGAGGAUUGCAUUUUGGAAUCUGCUAGAGGUAACUCCUGGCUCAUAGGAUCUUUUGCAACUUUAUAUAUGUAAAUGUACCCUGAUUUAUAUAUAUACACAUAUAUAUAUAUAACACAUGUAUCUGUGUGUAUUGCUUAUUUUACAUAUUUAAACACACAACCCCAAGUAGUAAUUGUUUAAAAUCUAUAAUGAAAAGUAUUAAAUUUACAGUAACACGGAAGAUCCAGGGAUGCAUGAGAGAGCAUUUUGUAAGUCAUGCUCUUCAGAGAGACUACUCAGGUGAAGAAUUAGAAGGAAAAUAAGGACACUAGUAUUUUUAAAGAGUAAAGGUAUUUUCUUUUAAAUAUCUUUGGUAAUUGAGAAAUAGAAGUUAAGACAUUUCUAGAUAGAAUGUUUUCAUACAAUUUCAGCUCCAUGCCUUUAUAUUUUUUUGAAAAGCUAAUGAAUAUCCAGACGUGACUCCUUCAGUUCUCUCUGAGAAGCCUGAGAGAGAAUUCUGUCUCGCCAAGGGAGGGGGACAGAGAGGUAGCGAUGGCUCUAUGGACCAGAGAACUGGUGCUAAUUAUGACUUAACUUGGCAAGUUCAGCCUGCUGUGUUGUUCCUUAGACAGUUACAGUUAGCAAACUUUAAACACCUUUAGAACACUCAAGUUGGCUUUUAUUGGAAGAUACAGGUGAGUUUCAAGUGCGUAAGGAAAGUCUGAGGCCUUAUUUGGAACAUCACCAAGUCUUUGACAGUUCUGUUUUUCUUUGUGAGUUGGCAUCUUUUAACAAAUGGGCCUGAGUCAGAGUCAUACAUUCAUAAAACGAACUCAGUUAAUUACAAUUUUGUUAAGAUGAUUUGGAGAACAGAAUAUAGUUUUGGGAGUGGUCCCUUAGAUUGGCUGUUGGCACACACAUCUGGCACAUCAUGGGAAAUUUAGAAGUUUUCUUCCCACUCGAUAGCUGCCUUGCCACCUCAUUAUGGUGCUCCAUCCCCUUUGCGCCAUUAGGUUUCUACUUUUCAUCUUUCUCUUUGCCACCCAUAUUUGUAUUUAAUAGUUAUAUUUUUUAGAGUUAGAAAUCUAAAUAUUUGAUGUUUGGCAAGCCUCUAAAGUGCUAAUUCAAUUAAGGGUGAUUCUAAAUCAAAUUCUUAAGGCUGGUAUGAACUCAAAUGCCAAAGCCAAGGCAUUGGUUUUUCCUAGACUAUCCUAUAGGGAAUAUCUUCUUGGCCCCCAUUCAAGCUUUUUUUUUCUUUAACUUACAGCUGUAUGAUUCAUUGCCCCACUAUUCUUGAAAGCUCUGUUUUUGUGAGAACCUUUAAAAUCUCCCGUAAUUUUUAUUUUUCCCAGAAAUAAUGUAAAAGAAGACACUUAAAUGAAAGUGGUUAUUUACUAAUUUUAACCAUCUUGUAAAAAUUCAGAAAAUGUAAAUGAUUGGGUCAUUUAUAUUUUUUUAAAUAAACUGAAAGAUAAAGAACACAACACUUUACACUCUUUAUAUUUCUCUUAUGUAAUCUGGAAUCAUACACCGUUCUUUUCUUUUUUAAGCACAAUAUUGAAACCUUUAAAAGGUAUUUAAGGGUUUGGUCAAGUGAAUAUAAAAUGUAUUUGUCUGUAUAAAGAGAAAAUGAAAUUGUAGUCACUGUUAUGUACUGACAUUAGUUACAACCUAGUUUUAAUUCUUAAAACAAUUUUGAUUAGCAAAGCUAAAAAAUGGAUGUUUCAGUUAAAUGUUUUAAAGAGGUACAGAUUUUUACAAGGACAUAAUAUAAGUUAUUGUUCUGUAGAAAUAUCCUAUUAAAUAUUGUAUGACCCUUCCUCUGUACACUUUGUAUAAAAAGUAAAAUACAUAAAAAGAAAAUCAUAUAGGGAUGUGUGACAUUAUUGUAAUUGUGUACUUGAGAAUAACGUGCAAAAAUAAAAAUCAGAAUAUUUUCCUGUUAAUAAACGUUUAGUCUAUUUGAUACCAAUA